AUCAGAGAUGGUAUUUCUGAUAGAUUGGGCAUUUCCUCUCGUAGAACCUCUUCAAGAUGAAGAGAUGAACCAACCAUUAGGCAAAGGCCUUAUUGAUUUCCUUUGAAUACAAGUGCUGUGAAUCAAGGAAAUGCAGGCAGUGGUGUGUGUGGUUGAUGUUAAAUUGACAAAAAGCUAUGGACUCUAAUCCUGCUGUUGUAGUCUGGUUGCAGUUGGACUUUUAGCUAACUCUUGUUAUGUUUUUAGAUGUUCAUAUUUGUUUGUGGAAAAUGGCACUGAGAGAGGCUUUGAACAAUAAAUAAACUGGAACUUGUUGUUUCCAGUAGCUAGUUAGUAACUGAGCAUUUAGUCAUCCAAGUUUGGCUAGUUCUCUGGAACACCAACUGAAGACUUAUAUGGUGUUCAGAUUCUUGUUAUAUAUCACCUUUUGAUAUCAAUUAUACUCCUCUAUCAGGUAAAAUUCUUUCAUUCUCUUGAGUGUGUGUCUAUGGAGGCCACCUUUUGAUAUCAAUUAUACUCCUCUAUCAGGUAAAAUUCUUUCAUUCUCUUGAGUGUGUGUCUAUGGAGGCCUUGACUGUUUACAUAUCUAGGCAGUUAUGUGAGUUUGCAUGGCAUGAUGCUAUUCAGCCCUGGAGUUAAUCUCAGCUCUUUCUAUUGGUUUUCCUUGGUUUGAAAGCCAUAUUUUUAGUUGGAAAAUCUAAUGGUAUUACUGCUCUGGCAAAAUUUGUGGCCUUAAUGCACUAACUUCAUGAAUGAGGACAGGUUAGUUAAAUUGUAGUUUUCAAAGUUCAUGUUGUCCGAUAUUGAAUCUUUCCCCCUCAUGAUUUAUAAAUUGUCCUCUAUUAUUGUGAGCAGUAGGUACACAAUUUAUUGGGACAACUAUAUUUCCCUUCGGUUUAAUGUAUGAAAUGUAUCUUCAGCUCUUAUGGAACUAUAUUUCGUUGAAUACAAAUUAGUCUUACAUGCAUUCCUAUUCAUGGGACCUGGAAAAGAGAGCACUAAAUCUAUCCAUGCCAAGAGCAUUAUAUAAAUUAAGCUGUAAAGGUUGUCCUUUACAUUUCUUGCAAAGAAACAAUUUACUUAAACUGCGAAUGAUCCCCAUAUAUUGAAAGAUUCUAUGGAAAUAAAUUGCUGCAGCAUAUAAGCCUGUGAUCUUGUCAACCUGGGUUGGAUGUGAUUCUCAAUAGAUUUUCUAGUCCCCAGCCUGACAAAGAAGAACCACAUGGCAAGGACUCCUGUUUGACUUGAUGGACUGGAGCUCUCACCCAGCUUUCUUCCUAAAUCGACAUUGGCAAGGAAAUUAAGACCUAGAUAUGAACUUGUAACUUGUAAAAAUUGCUCCCAGAAAAUUUCAAGGACAAUCUCAUAUCUUUAUAAUUUCAGAAUUAGUGUUUCUCUUUUAAAAAAAAAACAGUAAUUCUUCUUUUACUAGUUGAAUAAAAAAAACAUGCAUGUUCAUUUUGACAGUAAAUGAAAGAGACAGGUACAGUUGAUAUCCCUUUGUUUCAACACUGACCUGCUUGCACAAGGCUCCUGUUAAUAUGUGAAACCACUGCUUUUAUGAUUCCGACAGGAAUCACCCAAGUUGCAAAUUACAAAGGAGGCUUGAAUUAGAUAUAUAUGUCACACAGAUACAGGUAUGUACUUUAUUAGUUGGAUUAUAGAUUCCAUUAAUAAUUGCUCCUUUUUAAUAUAGACUUGAAUGAAAUUUAUAGGCCACACAGACACAGGGAUGAGCUUUAUUAGUUGUUCCAUAGAUUCCACAAUAAUUGUUGGCCCCUGGUUUCUAGUCCUAAUUCAUUACAUCAACUUCUUUUUCUUCUCUGAACGUUCAGUGAACCAACUUCUUGACAAGGAAACUCCACAGCAACUGAGAUGGGCUUUGGUGGGAAGAGCUUGACGUCUGGAUUCACCUGCAUGGCUACUGCAUAUGAGACUUGGCUUCAUCAAGGUAAAAUUGUCACAAACAAGUUCAAUGUGUUGACUGUUGUUUUCAUGGUAGCCUUUAACUUAUUGUGUUUUCUUGCAUGAGAUAUCCUUAACAAGGACUGUCUUGGAACUUAAUGGUGGUUGUUUAUUCUGUCUGCUCUGAAUAUUUUACACUGCAAAUGUGUGUGUUUUUGUUUCUAUCAAGAUUCAUACUGAAGCAGCAAGUUUAGACUUGUUAUCAUGAAGGUGUUUCUACUGCUCUAGCUUUUGAAUAGAAUGCUGUGUUGAAACCCAUCCUUUUAGUCUUAUUUCUUCACUUGUGUUAGUAUAAAGUAACAUGCCACUUGAUUAGCUUUUUCAUAUAUGAUAUAUCAAUAUAAUUGCCAUAAUGUGUUGUUUAUUUAUCAGUCUUGUGUCUGAUUCAUGUAAUAUUCUCACUUGUACUCAUUUUAUAUUCAGAUCUAAUAUUCAUGUCUUAAAUCAUAUCCAUUAGUCAAACAUAGAUGCAAAUCUGGUCUUUUUGCUCACCCCUACAUACAUGAAAUUGGACCAACCUCGGUCAAAGUAAUUAAUCUACAAUUGUCCUUUGAUUUCCUGUAAGCAGAGAACUUUGUCUGAAAACAUUGGCCAUGAGAUGCAAAGAGUAUGACUGUUCAUCCAAUACACAUGUUUAGUAACAGUGAGAGAGUCACUUUCAGAUAAAGCUUGUCAUCACAAUAUCACUCCCUUUUCAAUGACCUUUGGACAUGUUGCUUGAUGAACACCUCCAUUCACCAACUAUUAUUUCUCCCAUCCUACAUUACAAUCAUAUAUCUUACCAAUUUCUACAUCAAGAAGAGAUACAUAGACAUACACACCUGCAACAAAGAGUUGACCAGGAUGAUAAAUAAUAGGUCAAUGGUCCCGGCGGCUUUCAGUAGCUGAAAUAAAUAAUAUUAUUUAUAUUAUAUAUACAUAAUGUAAAGCUUUUAUAUAUAUAAAUAAUAAUGUUGUUUCUUCAUAGGCUAAGUGUAGGCAUUAUAAUCCUUCAGGCCAUGUAUAUAUAUAUUUAUAUAAAUAUAUAUGGUCUUAAGCUCGGAUUUAUUUGAAGUCGUUUAAUAUGUUUGACUACGCUUACAUGGUGUGGGUCGGGAGCGGUUGCUUCAUGAUUCGUGCAGGAUUAGUGAAAUCGGACGACCGCCAUGCACGGACCACGAUAAGUUCAACACACUUGGAGGAACAACGCAACAAUUUACCCUCUUCACCUCGCGCUCUCGUCGCUAUAAAACCACGGCCCUUUUCCUCCGCAGGUACUCUCUCUCUCAGGCUUUAGCGGAGAUGUGGUCACCGUCCACCACGAACAAGGACCUAGACGCCGGAUCUCCGCGGUACGGUCGGCCGCUGCCACGGCAGAGCAGACCCAUUCCCAUUGACGAGCGGGCAUCGCCGUCCCGCCCCUCCUCCUCCGCAGUCCCCUUCUCGUGGGAGCACCGGCCGGGCAUCCCCAAGACCUCCGGCCCCCUCACCUCCCGCCCGACAGGGCCCCUCCUCCCCCUCCCUCCCUCUCUCAGAUCCGCCCCCGCCGGCAACUCGCGCAAGAAGCGACCCGUCGCCACCUCCGCCGCUGACCCCUUCGCGACGGCUCUCACCGAGUGCGCCAAGGACCCGGCAGGCCCCGCCAUCGAGGAGCUCCUCGCGAGGGGCGGUGGUUCGGUCGUCGAGCGGCGCCGGAGAGGGCCAGCGGCGGCGUGGUCCGUCUCCGACCGCCUCGGGCUCUUCGGCCUCUACGCCUCGUGCAAGGCGACAUGCGCGGUCGCCGACUCGGCCGUCCGCGUUCCCCGGUCCGGGCCGUCGAACCACUGCCCGGUCCAAAGAUAAGGUUUCGGCCUUUCAAAGAAUCUGAUGGUCAUGGCCCUUUUGAUUGGGACAGAGCACAGUUGAGUUGAGAUCAACGUCACCGGAUACACGAUGAUGGCUGAUGUGCUGUUGUUCCUGGUCUAAGGAGUCAAUCGAGAUGGUGUCGUAGAGCUCUCGUGCAUUGCUUCCUCUUUGUGCCUAAUAAAAUUCUUCGAUCGUCUUUUGCUUUGUCAA